AUGAAACUAUCCAUAAGCACUUUGACUGGAAAGACGCUAGUUAUUGAUGCAGAGCCUAGUGAUUCUCCUUUAAAUAUUAAAGAAAAGAUUCAAGACUUAGAAGGCAUUCCCCCGGACCUACAGGUUCUGGUAUAUGCUGGCAGACAGCUUAGUAACGAUUUUGCAUUAGCAGAUUAUGGAAUAUAUGCUGAAGCAUCAUUAAGCCUCAUAAUCAAUUUGAGGGGAUGCUAA